GACGGCGAGCGGGGGGAGCAAGAGGAGGAGAAGAAAAAGAAGAAGAAGAAAAAGAAGAGGAAGAAGAAGAAGGAGGAGGAGGAGGAGGAGGAGGAGGGGGCUGAGAAGAGCAGCUCACCCUUCGCUGCCACGAUGGGGGAGAACGACGCCGCGCUCCGGGCCGGCGGCAGGGGGCUCUCGGACCCCUGGACGGACUCCGUGGGGGUGCGACCCCGCACCACCGAGCGCCACAUCACGGUGCACAAGCGGCUCGUGCUGGCCUUCGCCGUGUCCAUCGUGGCGCUGCUCGCGGUCACCAUGCUCGCGGUGCUGCUCAGCUUGCGCUUCGACGAGUGCGGAGCUAGCGCAGCGCCGGGCGCCGACGGCGGCCCCGCCGGCUUCCCCGCGCGCGGCGGCAACGCCAGCCUUCCGGGUUCGGCCCGGCGCAACCACCAUGCCGGCGGAGACUCCUCGCAGCCCGAGGUAGGCGGGGAGGCCACCCCUGGGACCCCGUCAGCCCAGCCGCCGUCGGAGGAGGAGCGGGAGCAGUGGCAGCCGUGGACGCAGCUGCGCCUGUCGGGCCACCUCAAGCCGCUGCACUACAAUCUGAUGCUCACCGCCUUCAUGGAGAACUUCACCUUCUCCGGGGAGGUCAACGUGGAGAUCGCGUGCCGGAACGCCACCCGCUACGUCGUGCUGCACGCCUCCCGGGUGGCGGUCGAGAAGGUGCAGGUGGCCGAGGACCGGGUGGCGGGUGCUGUUCCGGUGGCCGGCUUUUUCCUCUACCCGCAAACCCAGGUCUUGGUGGUGGUGCUGAAUAGGACCUUGGACGCGCAGAGGAAUUACAACCUGAAGAUCAUCUACAACGCCCUGAUCGAGAACGAGCUCUUGGGCUUCUUCCGCAGCUCCUACGUGCUCCACGGGGAGAGAAGGUUCCUUGGUGUUACUCAGUUUUCGCCUACACAUGCCAGAAAGGCAUUUCCUUGUUUUGAUGAGCCAAUAUACAAGGCUACUUUCAAAAUUAGCAUCAAGCAUCAAGCAACCUAUUUAUCUUUAUCCAAUAUGCCAGUGGAAACUUCCGUGUUUGAGGAAGAUGGAUGGGUUACGGAUCACUUUUCACAGACCCCUCUCAUGUCUACAUAUUAUUUAGCCUGGGCAAUUUGCAACUUCACAUACAAAGAAACUACCACCAAGAGUGGGGUUGCAGUACGAUUAUAUGCAAGACCUGAUGCUAUCAGAAGAGGAUCUGGGGACUAUGCUCUCCAUAUAACAAAGAGAUUAAUAGAAUUUUAUGAAGACUACUUUAAAGUGCCCUAUUCCUUGCCAAAACUAGAUCUUUUAGCUGUGCCUAAGCACCCGUACGCUGCUAUGGAGAACUGGGGACUAAGUAUUUUUGUGGAACAAAGAAUACUGCUGGAUCCCAGUGUUUCAUCUAUUUCUUAUUUACUGGAUGUCACCAUGGUCAUUGUUCAUGAGAUAUGUCACCAGUGGUUUGGUGACCUCGUGACUCCUGUGUGGUGGGAAGAUGUGUGGCUGAAGGAAGGUUUUGCUCACUACUUUGAAUUUGUUGGUACGGACUACCUCUACCCUGGCUGGAACAUGGAAAAACAGAGGUUUCUGACGGAUGUUCUGCAUGAAGUGAUGCUGCUUGACGGCUUGGCCAGUUCCCAUCCAGUAUCACAGGAAGUGCUACAGGCAACAGAUAUUGACAGGGUGUUUGACUGGAUCGCCUAUAAAAAGGGUGCUGCUCUAAUUAGAAUGCUGGCUAAUUUUAUGGGCCAUUCUGUAUUUCAGAGGGGUUUGCAAGAUUAUUUAACCAUUCAUAAGUAUGGCAAUGCAGCCAGAAAUGAUCUCUGGAAUACACUAUCAGAGGCUUUAAAAAGGAAUGGAAAAUAUGUAAAUAUACAAGAAGUAAUGGAUCAGUGGACACUCCAGAUGGGUUAUCCUGUUAUCACCAUCUUGGGAAAUACAACAGCAGAAAAUAGAAUAAUAAUUACCCAACAACAUUUUAUUUAUGACAUCCGUGCUAAAACUAAAGCGCUUGAACUUCAGAAUACCAGUUACUUGUGGCAGAUUCCAUUAACUAUUGUGGUAGGAAAUAGAAGCCAUGUGUCUUCAGAAGCAAUUAUUUGGGUGUCUAACAAAACAGAGCACCACAGAAUAACUUUGGACAAAGGAAGCUGGUUGCUGGGGAACAUCAAUCAAACUGGCUAUUUUAGAGUCAACUAUGAUUUAAGGAAUUGGAGAUUAUUAAUUGAUCAAUUAAUCAGGAACCAUGAGGUUCUCUCUGUCAGUAACAGAGCAGGUUUGAUCGACGAUGCCUUCAGCCUAGCCAGAGCUGGCUCUUUGCCUCAGCAUAUUCCCCUGGAGAUUAUCAGAUACCUGUCUGAGGAGAAGGAUUUUCUUCCUUGGCAUGCUGCCAGCCGAGCUCUCUAUCCUCUAGAUAAAUUACUGGACCGCAUGGAGAAAUACAAUGUCUUCAAUGAAUAUAUUUUAAAGCAAGUUGCAGCAACAUACAUCAAGCUUGGAUGGCCAAAAAACAAUUUUAAUGGAUCUCUUGUUCAAGCAUCCUACCAACAUGAAGAGCUACGUCGAGAAGUUAUAAUGCUGGCAUGCAGUUUUGGCAACAAGCACUGUCAUCAGCAGGCAUCAACACUUAUUUCAGAUUGGAUUUCCAGCAACAGGAACAGAAUACCACUAAAUGUUAGAGACAUCGUCUACUGUACGGGAGUCUCACUAUUAGAUGAGGAUGUCUGGGAAUUCAUCUGGAUGAAAUUCCACUCUACCACAGCAGUUUCUGAGAAGAAAAUAUUAUUGGAAGCCUUAACUUGCAGUGAUGAUAGGAACUUAUUAAAUAGGCUUCUGAAUCUAUCACUAAAUUCUGAGGUGGUGUUGGAUCAAGAUGCAAUUGAUGUGAUAAUUCAUGUCGCUCGAAAUCCACAUGGCCGAGACCUUGCCUGGAAGUUUUUUAGAGACAAAUGGAAGAUAUUAAAUACCAGGUAUGGGGAGGCAUUAUUUAUGAAUUCUAAACUCAUUAGUGGAGUUACAGAAUUUCUUAAUACUGAAAGUGAACUCAAAGAGCUGAAGAACUUCAUGAAGAAUUAUGACGGAGUAGCUGCUGCCUCUUUCUUGAGAGCUGUGGAGACCGUUGAAGCCAAUGUGCGCUGGAAAAUGCUCUAUCAGGAUGAGCUCUUCCAGUGGUUGGGAAAAGCUCUGAGACACUAA